CCACAAUGCCCCGCGCUGCGGGGCUGAGGUGCGGGGCGUGGCCUGUGGAUGACGCAGUGCGGCGCAUGCUCUGUGGGUGGCGGGAGGAGAGGAAGUGGAAGAGGUGGAGCAGGAGCCGGAGCGGCUACAAAAAGACCAUUAUAGACCAUAUAAAACCAAUGAAAACUCCCUGAGACCAUACAUACCCAGCCACCAGAGCGAAAACAAGGAGACCAGAUAUUCCAUGACGUCAUGACCAUGUGAUCAGUCACAUGAUGGGGGAGGAGGAGUCACAGAAGGUAAAACACAACUAUGCCAAAACACUGGAGGCCAUAGUGAAUGCCCUCGCCAUGUCUGGCGACACGGAGGAAGUGACUCGCCUCCGUAAGCCCAGGUUUUCUUAUGAGGAGAACCAGAUCCUUAUCAGAGAAGUGCGAGCCCAUUAUUCUAUGCUGUAUGGCGCACAGAGUCGGCGCCUUAGUGUGGCCGAGCGGCGCCGAGUGUGGGAGGGUAUUGCUGCAAAGAUCAAUGCCAUCACCAACUGGAAGCGGACGGCCCAGGAAGUUCAGAAACGCUGGAACGACUUUAAGAGACGGACAAAGGAAAAGUUGGCUCGUAUCCCUCAUUCGACACAAAAUGGAACAGCAGAGGAUGUUCUCACAGCGGAGGAGGAAACCAUCUUUGCCAUCCUGGGUCCUGGGGUGGUACCUGGGAGGGAGUCCUAUCUCCAUGGGACACGGCUAGGAGCUAUGGACUUAAACAUACCCGGCCCUGGCUCGUCCAGUGCAGAAAACUCUCUCAGCGGUCCCUGCUGCCCUCCAGAGCCUCCACUGCUGCUUCAUCCUAAGGAAUCAUCUUCCCCAACGCCUCAACUUCACAUUGUACAGUUGCCCCAGCUGAGCCCUUCACCAGAUCCCUCAGAUGGUGACUCUCCAGAUCAGCUUCCCCGGGGUUCUGGUUCUCCUUUACUGGGCCCUGGCGGCAUCAGCCAGCACUAUGACCCAACAGUUGCCAUGCUAAGAGCCCAGCAAGAAACAGCUGAUGCUAUACGGCACCUGACCUAUACCCUGCGGCAAAGUAUGGACCGUUUAACCAAUGUUUUGGCCACCCUAUUGCCUCUUAUACCUCCACAGCCAGCAUCGCCGGCCCCUUCCCCUAUCAUCGAGCCCGUUUACUUUCCCACAAAGACAGAGCCAGAAUCUGAGCCGUGUUCUGUAAGUUACGAGGUAGAAAAUCACGGGGCACAUGAGGACACAGUCCGGGAGACUACAGAAGAGCAGCCGCAGCCUCCGACCUCUCCGCCGCCUCCCAACAAGCGGAAGCGGUUCUCCUAUUUGACAACACGUAAACGCAGAGGUCGCUGGAAAAACGUAUAGAAGAUGGUGAACUGUACAAAGAGGAGGCGCAGAGCGUCGGGAUUGUCUCUCGGUGAACUUUACUCUCCCAGACAGAAAAAGCUGAAAUCUUCCCACAUGUUUCUGUGUUUGAAAUACGACACUUGACAAAUCCUCUUGUAGUAGGAAUUGUUGGGGGGAUAGUGUAGUACAAGCGCAGCGGACAAGGACCUCAACCUUCAGCCUAAAUCUCAUGCUCCUCUCUGCUCCUGUUCACCAGGUGAAGAUGACGGUAUAUGCGGCUUUGCACCCUUAUCGGGCAACCAGGACAUGGGUCCCCUACGCUGAUUUUACAUAGCUGGAUGAUGUCUUGAGUUGGUUUACAGCUGCGUGGAGGAAGGUUCUUAAUAAAGCAUACCGGUGUCAGGGUUGUCCACAGGGGCCGACCUCUAGUGUCAGGGUAAAGCAGGGAAAGUCAAGAUUUGUAAAAGGUUUGGUAGAUCGUAGGUGUCGCUGGGUGCAGAUGAUGGAUAUUAAUGGGGGCUGCAGGGUAGUGUGCUGGGGCCGCCCAUCCAGCAUCUGUUUCCUGUUGCUCUCAGGUUUUUACAUGGGAACGUUUCCUAUCGUAAGCGACGGGCUUCCCGGGUCCGGUCGUCCUUUCUCCAUAAACGUGGCUAGCCCAGAAAGCAAUAUAUAUGUGUAGAAAUCUGCAUCCUCACUUAGAUGGUUUCCCCCACCUUGUUACGGGAAUGAGACGAAUGGGAGCGUUGAUUCUUGUAUGUAAAUAAGAUAUUAAAAGCUUCUGAUUCGUAACGUGUCGUGUUCAUUAAAGAGAGGAGGGCCGCGCAAAAUCGACCAGGCAAAAAAGAUCUGUACAAUGGAAAGACAUGGACGAACACUUGUAUCUGAGAAGCCUAGUAAUGGAUGAGGGUUCCUUCAGAUGCCGCAGGUUUAUUGCCACGACUAAUGCAGAAUUUAGCUUUUUACCACGUGGUGGUCGUGGGCAAAUGCAGCAUGACCAUUACAU